UUCUUCAGCUUCUCUCUCUCUGUCUAUUGCGUGUCUCUCGUACCAAAAACCAGCGGAGUGUCUGUCAGCAACUCUCGCUGUGACUUUCGAAGUUUCGAGCUCAACUAUCACAAGCACUUCAACUUCGCUAGUGCCUCUAAUCUACACCACUCUCAAUCUUUCUUACAAACUCCACUCUAUUUCAGGCUUAUAAACCCAUGCAACAAACAAUCUUUUAUUCAAUCUCUAUCCUCAUCAUUCAGGUUUGGAAAAAUACUUGAUCUUCAUCUUGAGCUCAGUGUUUCGCCGUGCCAGCGAGGCUACUAUUUAAUAUUAAGUCCAAACUCUCACACUCCCAAGUUUUCCUAGAAAUUAUUCUUUCCUAUCUGUACGCCUCUGUCACGCAAUGGAGUCUAAAAAUGGGGUCACUUUGGUGGAUGAGAGUUGUGUUACUGAGAGAAAAUAUGUGGAAGAAUCAGCUGUGGACAUGAACAAAAAGAGUGAGAAUGUCCAUAACGCUGAAGUUUCCUCCAUGAAUGGAAUAUCUGAACCAGUCAAGAAAGCUGAAAGCUUUAAUCCUGCUGAAGUGAUGGUUAAAGCCUCUGCAACAGCCUCUACAAGUAAAAAUUCAAAAUCCACGAAGGAACCCGGAACUCUACAUGGGGACUCUCCAAAGACCAAUAAACUGGCCAAGGAUAAAGCAAAUCUGAAAGCCACGACUCCAUUUUCUCGAAACCGGAAAUCAGUCCUCUCACAGAGUCUUUCCUUCCCAGCAAGUGGUGGUCAUUUUGAUGUUACGAACAAGAGCAUUGAUGUGUAUCCAGUGAAAAGAGAAGCCAAACAUGCUCAAAGACACGUAGCUUCCAGUUUAAAUCAUCCAAAUAGCCCUGCAUCCACCGGAAUCCCCUCCAAGGCUGCAAAUACAACAAUAAGUGGAGCUUCUGGUCGGCGGAAUUCUUCAGCAUCCAUGCCUAGUAUUAGACGCACUGUGGAUCAGCCUGGGAAGUCCGGUUCUUCGAAUAAAACUAGUAACUGCCCUCCUGCUGAGGAAUCCCUAUCAUCGGUUAAUCAGGACUUGAAUUCUAUAAAAGCAGCACUGCUGGUGAAAGAGGAGGAUGAUGUUCGUUCCAUAACUUCAAGUGCGACUCCUCGUGAGCGGAGGAGCAGCAGUUUAGGAUUUUCUUUCAGGUUGGAGGAACGAGCUGAAAAGCGAAAGGAGUUCUUUUCAAAAUUAGAAAUGAAGAUUCAGGCCCGAGAAGUUGCAAUAACUGACUUGCAAGCAAAAUCAAAGGAAAACCAGGAGGCGGAGAUCAAGCGACUGAGAAAAAGCCUGACAUUUAAAGCUACACCGAUGCCAAGCUUCUACAAAGAGCCACCUCCAAGAACUGAAAUAAAGAAGAUACCAAUCACACGCCCAAUAUCCCCAAAGCUGGGAAGGCGAAAGAGCUCUGUGACCGUGAUAAACAACUCUUCUGAAGGUGAUGGAUCUGAUCCUAGCCCACGUCCGAACCCAUCUCCGAAGCUCGGGAAGAACAAGAAUUGCAUUACCGUAAACAACCCUUUAGAAGGCAGUGGGUCUUGUCGUAGCCCAGAUCCUGACCGAGAACAGAGCGAUUCAAACAAAGGGUUACGCGCAGAAUCUGAUAAAAAUGUUGUUGCUUCAAAGAAACCGAUUAGAAAGUCCCAACCCAAGCUUCAGACUCGGAAAAUUGUUGCCACUAAAACUGAAAAAGAGCCUGCCAAGUCUAAAACAGAGGCCCCGGGAGAAGAUAAAGCAUCCAGGGGAGAAAAUGAAGAAAGCCAGAACCCGUGUAAGUGUCUUUCGGAAUGCAAAGAUAAUAUAGACCCAGAAUCUGCAGUGGAUACCGCCCAGAACAACAAUGCAACGGUUCUGAAUUCACCUACCCUCGAGAUUAUGCCACAUGAAGUUUCCGUUGGAGGUUACCGUUAAAGACAUCAUUUUGGACCUUAUAUUUCAUAGGUUUAAAGUUUGAAGUUUCAUUAAACUUUUCAGAAAGAAGAGAGUUCCCUGUUAUUGUGA